AAUGGUCGUGGUGGAGUCGGGCGAAGUGGAGGUAGCAAGUGAGCGAGAGAGGGAAGCAGUAAGAGAGUAGUGGGAGAUGACCGGAGCAACGUGGUUAUACCAUUCUCGUGGUAGUUAGUCGUUUCCUGUUGUACACCGUUGGUUGAGACAGAAACUUGUCUUUCGAGAUCUUUGCGCGAGAAGCUUAGUUGUCUGCUAACUUCGCUAGUAUGCAAAAUAUGAGAAGACAGUGAAUGGACUUCGAUUAAGUUUCAAAGUGAUCCACGUGGUCAUAGCGCGACGCGAGUGCAUUUAACCGAGUGAAGUGAAACAGGAAGUCGCCUGAUAUAUAACCGGGGACGGAAAUUGAUCGCGAUUAAUUCAGUAGUCCUCGAUAAUACAGUGCGAUAAUACAUUUCGAAGCAGUUUGAGGCUAAAGAUCGAAAGAUCGUCAUAUUGUGAGGCCACGUGGAGACGACUGCUCCGCGGAACUUUUGUUAAUUAGCAAUCGCAUCGGUCUUCCAGAAUAUUUCGCCGUGAUUGGCAGUGGCUGCAGUGAAAGUAGACCUAGUGUAACUCGAUUCACCCACGUCGCGAUCAGCGCCCGCGCACUCGUCGAGUGACCUGUUAUCGUUAUCGUGAAAGUGAUCCAUUCACCUCCUCCUCCCGACGUGUUGCACCCUUUUUUAAAACUAGGACGUUAGUGUGCGAGGUGAACUUUAUCUUUAAUUAUCUUGGAUUCUUCUAUCGUGUCCGGAUUUUUACGAUCUUCCUUGUCGCUUCAUCAACAUUAAAAAUUCUAGAAUUGCACUAAAGCUCUACUAAAAAUCAACAGUCGAAAAUGACAGUGGUUAUGGAAAGAACAAAUACCAUAGUUACGUGGCCGUCGCGACUGAAGAUCGGAGCAAAGUCGAAGAAAGAUCCACACAUAAAAGUCGCAGGACGACUGGAUGACGUACGAGCAGCAAAAGAAAAAAUAAUGGAAGUCUUGGACACACGGCAAAGUAACAGAGUGACCAUGAAACUGGACGUUAGUUAUACCGACCAUUCGCACAUCAUUGGCAAGGGCGGCCUGACGAUUAAGAAAGUGAUGGAGGAAACCGGCUGCCACAUCCAUUUCCCAGACAGUAAUCGCAGUAAUCACCAGGAUAAGAGUAAUCAGGUCUCGAUUGCUGGCGAAAUGGAGAGCGUUGAGCGCGCUCGCGCUCGAGUUAGGAAUCUGACGCCUUUGAUCUUUUCGUUCGAACUGCCAAUUAUGGGCGCGUCACAAGCCACGCCGGAUUGCACAUCGCCGUACGUUGUGAAAAUACAAGAGAAGUACAACGUACAAGUGAUGUUUCGCACGAGACCGAAACUGCACGCCACCCUAGUAGUCGUCAAAGGAUGUGAAUGGGAAGUUUCUCAAGUCAAAGAGGCGACACUCCUGCUGAUACGUUUUAUGUGCAAAAAUCUAGCUAGUCAAAUUCAAGUACAAAUGUCAAUGGAGAUCUCACCGCAACAUCACAGCAUCGUACUAGGGAAACAAAGUAGCAAUUUGAAAAUGAUCAUGCAACGUACCGUCACACAGAUUAUGUUUCCCGACGCAGGCGAUCCGAAUAUACCCAGCCUCAAGAAGAGCAACGUCACUAUUACUGGCGGCAUUCACAAUGUUUACUUGGCUCGACAACAAUUAGUGGGAUCGUUACCGUUGGUACUUAUGUUCGACUUGCCGGAAGACUCUAUGACCGCUUCCGUGGAUACCGAAAAAAUUUCUCAACUAAUGCAAUCUCUGGACGUGUUUAUUAAUAUUCGGCACAAACCGAAACAAAGCACACUUUCCGUGAUUAUCAAGGGAAUCGAGAGAAAUGCCAGCAAUAUUUAUGAAGCACGGAAACAACUCUUAGGAUUGGAAGAGCCCAGAGUCCACGCCGAGAUACCGCCUACUUAUCACGUUCCGAACGCGGGCAGUGUCUUCCAAAGCAACAAUAAUAACACCGACGGCACUACCAAUCUCAUGAGCAACGUGGACAAUCUCUCAAGCAUGUUGAACACGAGCACGCAGAACUCGUACUGCGUGUCGCCAAUCUCGCACUCGCAGAAUUCCUUAGGGCUCUCACCGUCCUGGAAUCAUCUCACUUAUAUUCCAUCUAUGUGUUCGUAUCCGUAUCCCCAUUUUAAUCAUCUGCUAACAACGCAGCAAAUGCUACACAAUAGUAUAAUGGGGAACUCUCACAACUCUCACGGAUUAUCAAAUCACACAAUGUCUAGCAUUGGGAAUCUUAACGGUGUGUCUACCAAUUUCUCUAGUAUCCACGGUUUGAGCGCAUCACUCGCAGAUAAUAAAGAGAGUAGCAGUGCCUACUCAUCGCUAAGUAGCGUGUCCAGUUCUCUAUCUAGUCCAGCUAUUAGUCCUCGCAACAUCUCACCAGUUAAUCCUACAGACACUAGUCCUACUUUAGCGGAUUUAUCCAACAUGCUGUCCGAAUUAUCGGUUCCCGAUCGACGUGCACCUGGUUGCGAAAAGAAAUCGUUCGAAAUGGCCGCGCAGCAGAAUCUUACACCUUUUGAUUACGAGCAAAAAAAGCUGUUGGCCACAAAAGCGAUGCAAAACAAACCGAGCAGCAGUGAUUUUCGCGUGCCAACGUCCGCUUGGUCUGGUUACGGUCUGAGUCAAAGUAUCCCGCCUAUAACUACGAGCGACUUAAACAAGGUGACUGAGUUGACGUCACAUCCCUCGGACUUGUGGAAAGAAAUAGAACCGACCACGCCGGUAUUCAAUACCGAGAUGGACUUCGGUAGUAUUAUCUCGAGCAAGGAUCGCGUUGGACAGAUCGGGAUGGCCUCGAAUUACAUGGACCACACGCCAACCUCCCAUUUGAACAAGAUCACGUCGUCGCAUCGCUUUAACGACUUGGCUAGCAUGCUGACCAGCAUCGGCUUGGAAAAAUAUAUACGCUUAUUCACAUCUCACGAGGUAGACAUGGAUACGUUUCCUUCUCUGACUGAGAAGGAUCUCUGCGAAAUUGGGAUUACUGCUUGGGGCGCGAGACGCAAGAUAAUGCUGCUAAUAUCUGAAAUGAAAAACAAACGCAGCAGCCCGUUUUCGGGAAGCGCCGCGCCAGGUGCCGAGCGAAAGGCGUCUUCGUCGUCAACGUCGACGUCAACGAUCGGCAAGUGCACCAACUUAGAUACCAAGUGGUAAAUAAAAGCGUGCUUGCUGUGUAAGUUAUUUGUUUCAAACACGACGGCAUAUCACCGCUCUCGAACUGACGAAAAGUAACAUACGUACUUAAAUCACGCCGUUCGUAAAUACAAAUUGCGGAAAACCGCUGUUAUAUAUCGAAUGUCCGGUCGAAAAGAAUGCAAAGAGAAUGCAAGAAAUAUAGAAGGCGGUGUUUUUUUCACCUAUCUGUCACGCGCGAGUCCGACACAGAUGCGGGAUAGACAGGACAAUAAUUUGCAUGCUAAUGAAAAAUUUAUAUAGGGAGUUUAAGGAAUUAUUUAGGGAUAAAACAAAAAAAAAAAAGAAACACGAGAAGACUUAACGGAGAGAGUUAUUUUUCUAGCCGGGGACUGGCUGUAUCUUUUUUUCUUUAAUUUUUUUUUUUUGCUGUUCUCGGCGCGCGCAGAAGCGCGCCUUAGAAUGUAGGAGAUAAUUGUUAAUUAUAUUAAUUUUCGCUAUGUUGUUGUCGCGCAUGCGUCGUUACCGUUUCGUCUCGUAAACGUAGGAUCCUGUCUAUUCUGCGAUCCGAGUAACGCUUUCAAGCAAGCGUACAAACUGCGAGAAAAUAUCGUGUAAUUAUUACGCUUAAGAAAACAAAAAAAACCGCGAAACGUCGACGCGCGCGUUUCAUUCGUUUAUAUACCGUGUGAUGGUCCAUUUGAUGACUGAAUGGUGUAUGUGUGUGUGAGUGGGAGUGAAUUGCGUGCACGUGUGUGUAAAUUGUAUCGGGCACAAAUGUUUUUGAGUAAAAAUAAACACAAAGUUAUCAAUUAUCUUAGAAGAUUAGAAUAAACUGCGAUGGGCGAGGGAUGUCCCGUGUGUUCAGCGGCCUUUCGUCCUAGCAAAAAUAUUAACAUGUAUUUAAUUCAGACUAAGCUUGAAUGCAACCGCGAGUCGACCGAGAUUUUCGACGAAUUUUCAACAGUCGAAUGCAAUCAUGCGAACGGUACGAUUCCGCGCGCGGUUGGAAUUUCGAGUUUUACAAGAUAUAUAAAAGUAUAAGUUAUGGAGUAUUUAUUAAUUAUUUCGCGAAAGACGCUGGACGCACGUCAAUCAAUGGACCGCAAGAACUUUUCGUGUAAAGCAUGUGUCAACAGACAACGGUAUAGUCAAACGAAUUCUAUAGUGCAAAUAUUUCGCGAGCCAUUCUCUGUAUCGCGAGCGAUAGUUGCGAUCCGGUUGAAUCGAAUUUUUUAUCGAUGGCUGUAAUUAACGACGAUUCUCGUCGCGUCAAUUAAACUUUCGUUGUUAAAUCGAAAAGGGAUCGUUAACUCUAAACUUGGCAAAGUCAUAAAAAAAAUCUAAAAAAAUUGUAAUAUAUAAAGCAAAAGAAUUUAAAAAAAGUAGAAAAUUUAAAACAA